AUGCAGCUAGGAAAGCGUUGUCGCCGUCGUUCUGCUCAGUUCGCCGGCGUCUUCCUCGUGAAAUCGACAGAACACGCUGCAUCUGGAGAUCUUGAAUCAGCAAGAAAAAUGUUCGAUCAAAUGGGAACCAAAAGAAAUGUAACUUGCAACCAUGGAGAAAUUAGAUUAAUAGAAAACAUGGAUUUGGAGGCUAAUUCGGUAAUUUGGGCUACCAUGAUUCGACAUGGAAAUGAUGAAUUGUUUGAGUAUAUAAGUAGGAAAGUAUUUGAUAAAGAAGUUGUAAAUUAUGGAUAUUGGACAUUAAUUGCAAAUUUGAGUUCAUCAUUUGGAAGGUGGGAAGAUGCUUUGAGGUUUAGGUUGGAAAUGAGAGAGAAAGGAAUUGAAAAGAUUCCUAGUUUUAGUUUGAUUAAGAUCGGGGAUAGUGUGCCUGAAUUUGUUGGUAGAGAUCCAAAUCAUGUUUACAAGAGUGAUAUUUAUGAAAUUUUGUCGGUGUUUAAAUGA